AUGAAACCAAAUUCAAUAAAUGAACUUUUGGCAGAUUCAACUAUAUUUUUAACUGGAGUUACUGGAUUUAUCGGAGGAACUUUAUUAGAACGUAUUUUAAAAACCUGCCCAGGACCGAAAAAAGUUUAUGUCUUAGUCAGAAAUAAAUGCGACCACGAUGCUUCUGACAGAGUUAAGCAAAUUCUUUCAUCUCCAUUGUUUUCAGAUGUAAAGCCAGAAAGAUUGCAAAUAGUCGAGAUAAUUCCAGGAGAUAUCACUGUUGAAGGACUUGGAAUUUCUGCUUCAUAUAAAGAUUUGUUGAUUUCUACGUGCACUCAUGUAUUUCAUUCAGCUGCUUACAUAUCAUUUGCUGCCCAUCUUGACCUGGCCAUCAAGAUCAAUUUGGUUGGUGCUCGUAAUGUAUUGAAUCUGGUCAAGGAGAUGAGAAAGAUCCAAUGUAUGGUUCACUUAUCCACAGCUUAUGCUAAUUGUACCAAGGAUCGUAAACCAAUUAUAGAGGAGAAGCUGUAUCCCAUAAUAAUUGAUCCAAAUGAAUUCAUCAAUAAGACGAAAAAUUUAUCAAAGGAGGAAAUUGCAAAAAGAACUUUUGAAUUUCUUGGAAAUCAUCCAAACACAUACACAUUGACAAAACAAAUGGCUGAACAUUUGAUGUCUAGGGAAAAGGAAGGACUUGCAUUGUCUAUUGUAAGACCAGGAAUUGUUCUAAACUCGUGGAAAGAACCAAUUGCAGGAUGGGUAGACAAUGUCAAUAGUGGAGCCUGCGGACUUAUAGCAGGAGUUUCCAAAGGUCUAUUUCGCACAUUUCAGGCUAAUCCUAAUUAUCUGCAAGAUUUUAUACCAGUCGAUAUGGUAGUAUCAACUAUUUUAGCAUCAGCACUUUAUGCUGUCCGAAAUCCUACGCAAAUGCACAUAUUUCACUGCACGUCAAGUUCAGUGAAUCCAACCACUUAUCGCGAAUAUUGCAAGGUAGUGACGAAAUGCUCGAGAGAGCAUCCUUGUAGAAAUGUACUAUGGUAUCCAGAAAUUCGACCGAGGUCAAGCUAUUUGCGCCAUACUUUAGUGAUGUAUAUUUUUCAUAUGGGCCCUGCUUAUGUAAUUGAUUUUUUGAGAAAAUUAACCAAUGCAAAGUAUAAAUUCCCGUUGCUGAAGCUACAACAACGUUUUGCAAAAGGAACAAAAUACGUUUCUUAUUUUACCACGAAGCAGUGGACCUUCUCUAGAGUUAACGCAGAAAAAUUGUUCACAACUUUGCCCCCGAAUGAGAUAACAGUCCAUCCAAUGGAUCCGUCCAUUAUAAACUGGAAUGAAUAUUUUGAAGAUUGUGUACUAGGCACAAGGAAAUAUUAUCAUAAGGAACCUGACAGAACCACAGAGGAAGCACGUAGACGAAUUAUGAGGUUGCAAGUUAUCUCCAAUUUAGUACCUUUUCUGAGUUUCACUGUUCUGUGGUACAUAACUUGCUGGACCGGAUGUUCUCUUACGACGGGGGCCCUUCUCAGUGCAGUAGUCAUAAUCUUCAUGAUUUGGAUAUAA